AAGGAAAAUAAAAAAAUAAAAAUAAAGAUUGCUACUCAAUACUUUCUACUUAUUAAAACCCGCAUCUUCUUCCCUUCACAUACUCCCAAUCUCACAACACCACCUUCAACUAUACACUUCUCUCACGCUGCACCACAAUGGUGAUGGAGUAAUAAUCCUCCCAGAUCCACCCGUUUUCCAAGGUCAAGGUGAUCUGUGAAAUAUUGCACCCUUAAACAACAUGGCUAUAGGGAAAUAUACUAGAGUAGAUGGUAGGAGAUCAUCAUCGAGUUACUGUUCAACGGUGACUAUUGUUGUGUUUGUGGCUCUGUGCUUGGCUGGGGUAUGGAUGAUGACGUCAUCCUCUGUUGUUCCAGAGCAAAAUAAAGAUGUGUCUCAAGAGGAUAAGGUUGAGAUGAAAGAACAGAAUGAGGUAAAAGAGCAGGCUAGUGAAGUUGAUAGUAGCAAUACACGGCAAUUCGAAGAUAAUCCAGGUGACUUACCUGAGGAUGCAACCAAGGGGGAUAGUACUGUCACAUCAGAAGACAACUCAAACUCGAACUCUGAGGAUGCUAAAACAGAAGACACAGACAAGAAAACAGAGGAUGAAGAUUCAAAGACAGAAAAUACUGAAUCAAACUCAGAAGCUACAGAAAGUAACAAAGAAAGUGAUGAGACGUCCACUAAGGAAACUGAUUCUGAUGGGAGUGAGAAGAAUUCUGGUUCAGAUGAAAGUGAAAAUAAAUCUGAUAACGAAACAACAGAUGGUAAGAUAGAGGAGAAGGUAGAACAAAGUGAUAAUAAUGAAUCUGACGAAAACUCUAGCAAGAAUACAGAUGAUGAUUCCAAAAAUCAGAAAUCAAAUGAGGUAUACCCGUCUGGGGCUCAGUCAGAACUUCUAAAUGAAAAUAAAGCAGAAACUGGAUCUUGGUCAACUCAAGCAGCAGAAUCAAAGAAUGAAAAGGAGUCUCAAAAGUCCUCUAAGCAGUACAGUUGGAAACUUUGCAAUACUACUGCUGGCCCCGACUUUAUCCCAUGCCUUGACAACUGGAAAGCAAUUAGGAGUCUUCGGAGUACUAAACACUAUGAACAUCGAGAGAGGCACUGUCCUGAAGAACCUCCUACCUGCCUUGUCCCUCUUCCUGAAGGAUAUAAACGCUCAGUUGAAUGGCCUAAAAGCCGAGAAAAGAUAUGGUAUUACAAUGUUCCACAUACUAAGCUAGCCAAAGUUAAAGGGCAUCAGAACUGGGUGAAAGUUACUGGCGAGUACCUUACUUUUCCCGGUGGUGGAACCCAGUUCAAGCAUGGAGCACUUCAUUACAUUGACUUUAUACAAGAGUCUGUACCUGACAUUCUUUGGGGGAAACGCACACGAGUCAUAUUAGAUGUUGGAUGUGGUGUUGCCAGCUUUGGAGGCUUUCUCUUUGAUAGAGAUGUUCUUGCAAUGUCAUUUGCACCAAAAGAUGAACAUGAAGCUCAGGUGCAAUUCGCACUUGAAAGGGGAAUCCCUGCUAUUUCUGCUGUGAUGGGCACAAAGAGGCUUCCCUUCCCGGGGAAAGUAUUUGAUGUAGUCCAUUGUGCACGAUGCAGAGUUCCAUGGCAUAUUGAAGGUGGUAAACUUCUUUUAGAGUUGAAUAGGGUCUUGCGACCUGGUGGUUUCUUUGUAUGGUCUGCUACUCCUGUUUAUCAGAAGCUUGAUGAAGAUGUUGAAAUAUGGAAUGCCAUGAAGAAACUAACAAAAGCAAUGUGCUGGGAACUAGUGUCAAUUAGCAAGGAUCAAGUUAAUGGAGUUGGUGUAGCUGUUUACAAGAAACCAACUUCUAACGAGUGUUAUGAGGCACGUUCUAAGAAUGAUCCUCCAGUUUGUCAAGACUCUGAUGAUCCUAAUGCAGCAUGGUAUUUUACUCAGCCUGACACAUUUGUUUCAACGGAACGUGGGUCGCAGUGGCCUGAGCAGUGGCCAACAAGACUGACCAACGUGCCUUACUGGUUGUCAAGUGACCAAGUUGGAGUUUAUGGGAAGCCUGCUCCUGAAGAUUUUUCUGCUGACUAUAAACACUGGAAACGUGUGGUGUCGAAGUCCUAUCUAAAUGGGAUGGGAAUUCAGUGGUCAAACAUACGGAAUGUCAUGGAUAUGAAUGCCAUCUAUGGAGGAUUUGCCGCAGCUUUGAAGGAUAGGAGUAUUUGGGUCAUGAAUGUGGUUUCAAUAGACUCCGCAGAUACUCUUCCCAUUAUAUAUGAACGAGGUCUAUUUGGUAUAUAUCAUGAUUGGUGUGAAUCAUUUAGUACCUAUCCCAGGACCUAUGAUCUCCUCCAUGCUGAUCAUCUAUUUUCGAAGAUAAAGAAAAGGUGCACUGUAGAUGGUUUAAUGGCCGAGGUUGAUCGGAUUCUCAGGCCGGAAGGAAAGCUUAUUGUCCGCGACACUGUUGAGACCAUUGAAGAGGUUGAGAACAUGGCAAGGUCAAUGAAGUGGAAGGUUCGUAUGACUUACUCCAAGGAGAAAGAAGGCAUGUUAUGUGUCGAGAAGUCAACGUGGCGGCCCGAAGAUUCGGAAACCCUUGAGUAUGCUAUUGUUUAAGCAGUGAAAUGCAAAAAAACGUGGGUUUUGGCUGCUGAAAAUUCUUGUGUAACAGUAUUUCCACUAUCAAGCAUGUAACAAGUUAGUUAGGCAUCUAUUUAUUUUAUUGGUCUUAUUUCCGUUUCGUAUUAAUUUUGAUAUCCCCUAUAAUAUCCAGAGGUUGCUCUAUUUUGCCGUAACAUGUUGCGAUAUUGUCAAAGAAAUUUCAUCACAUUCAUGCAAAUGUAAAGGCCAUUGGUUAAUAUACUUUCAACAGUUUCAGAAUAA